CUGGAGCCCUCUUUCUGGUGACGACAUCGCAGCAGGAGACGUGAGGAGACAGGUCGCCUAGUCUGCAACUGCGCGGCUUGUAACUGAGCAGGGCAUUUAGAAGGAGAAAGUUUCGCUGGACGCUGUGGCGGCGGCGCGUGCAGCUGCUUGGCUUUGCGGUUGCUGUCACGCGCCCGCCCUGCACUUUUUUUGGAUUUAUACACCUGAGAUCAGAAGACUAAAAAGCAGCAAGGUGUUAGGAAGAAGAGUAAAGUUUUUACAGGACUCGUGUUUUCCUUUGCGUUCUGCGGAUAUGGGUGACGAAGUGGAUAGAUAGACAGUUGGUUGUACACAAAUCUGUAUUGAACCUAAAAGACUUAAAGAUCAGAGGCCCCAAUGAAGACUGUCAGUAUGGAUGAUGAGGAAGCACUCGAUUCUAUCAUGAAAGACCUGGCUGCUCUGGGAAGGCGCGGAACUCUCCUGGAUAACAGUAAAGGGAAGAACUGCUUUAAGAAGGAUAUCCGAAUCAAGCUUGAGCAUGACAUUGAGAAGAGAAUUAUUCAUUUUAAUAGGCCACUUAAGCUGAAAGAGCUGAUUCAAAAGGUUACUGAUGCUUUUGGACAACAGAUGGACCUCUACUAUACUAAUAAUGAGCAACUUCUUCCACUAAGAAGCCAAGAGGAUUUGGAAAAAGCUGUUCUGUCAUUGGAUUUAUGCCCUUCUGUGAAGAGUCUAAGGAUAUUACUGAAGACUCCAAAAAACAACCAUUUUCUACAAGUAAACAAUAAAAUGGGCAAGCAGCGUGACAUGAGAAUUUCGAAGUCAAUGGGAGACCUAAAGGGUUCUCCAUUUAAAACUACAGAAAGAAUAAGGAAGCACUCCACAGGAUCUCUGCAUACAGGUCGGAGUUCACCACCGCCAGGGAGUGUUCCAGAAGAACAACAACAAAUUGCACGUCAAGGAUCUUACACUAGCAUUAACAGUGAGGGAGAAUUCAUUCCAGAGACUCCAGACCAAAAUAUUUUGGAUCCCUUUGGAAGUGGUGAAGACUCCUCUUCAGACAGGUCUCUUGACAGCCCUCCAGUAUCACAAACAGGAACGAACAAGGAUCAGAAUUACUUAAACCACAAUCUUGAAAACACAGGUUUUCGAUUUUGCAAGGGUGGGACCUUUCCAAGACAACUUCAUAUUUCUCAUCACCAAAAAGACUACAGUGAUGGAAGAAGAACAUUCCCUCGCAGCUUCAUACCUCAGGAGAACCUAUUUCAGUUAGUCCCUUCCAGCAGGACUCGUAGCUACAACAGGGGAAGCAUUUCCCCUAUCGCUCAGUAUAAUGAACUCCGAACCACUCACUGGAAUCCUGAAGACAACAGUUUAUGUCCUCUGCUCUCUAAAUCCCCCCAGGCUCCAGUGAACUGGAGAUUAGGAAAGCUUCUAGGCCGUGGUGCUUUUGGAGAAGUGUACCUCUGCUACGAUGCUGACACUGGGAGAGAACUUGCAGUGAAGCAAGUGCCUUUCGACCGAGACAGCCAGGAGACCAGUAAGGAAGUAAAUGCCCUGGAAUGUGAGAUUCAGCUGCUAAAAAAUCUUCACCAUGAAAGGAUAGUUCAAUAUUAUGGCUGCUUACGGGAUCCCGAAGAGAAGAAACUGUCCAUCUUUGUAGAGUACAUGCCAGGGGGUUCUGUCAAAGACCAGUUGAAAGCAUAUGGAGCCCUGACUGAGAAUGUGACACGGAAAUAUACCAAACAGAUUCUGCAGGGGGUAUUUUAUCUUCAUAGCAACAUGAUUGUGCACCGCGACAUUAAAGGAGCAAACAUUUUAAGAGAUUCUUCAGGAAAUGUUAAGUUAGGAGACUUCGGAGCAAGCAAGCGUAUACAGACCAUAUGUAUGUCAGGUACAGGAAUCAAGUCAGUCACUGGGACACCUUACUGGAUGAGUCCUGAAGUCAUCAAUGGAGAGGGCUAUGGGCGGAAAGCAGAUAUCUGGAGUUUAGCCUGCACGGUGGUGGAAAUGUUGACAGAAAAGCCCCCAUGGUCAGAAUAUGAAGCUAUGGCUGCCAUCUUCAAAAUUGGGACCCAGCCUACCAAGCCGAAGUUGCCAGAUGGAGUGUCCAGUGCUUGCAGGGACUUUCUGAAGCAGAUCUUUGUUGAGGAGAAGCAGCGCCCCACAGCAGCAGAACUCCUGGCUCACCCAUUUGUCAUGGGCAGCUUCUAAUUAAAAAGAUGGAGGUGAAAGCUGGAAAACUAUGCACUUUUGGAAAGAAAAAAAAAGAAUUAGCUGCCUUUGUGUGUAUGCGUGUUUGUAUGUUUUUAGUGUUGAGCGAAAAGUUCAAAUUUAAACCUUGUAUUCAUUCCAAAUUGCCUAUACAUGGCACAGUUAUUUUGCAAAGCAUAUUAAAAAGCCACUAAUGUUUUAAAACAUUAGCUCAAACAAAGUGGUUCUCCAUUAAAAACUAUUUUUGGAAACCGUAUUGGGCUUGUGCUGGAAAGAGUAGUUGUUUGUAUGGUUACCAGAAACUUUCGGCACAAACUAAGAUAGUAUAAAAAAAAAAUCACAAAACCGUAAUCAGUUUGUUGUAAAAUGUUUUCAGAAUGUCAGGUUGAGUUUGUACAGUCUUUUCUAGAGGCAAAGACAAUGAAUGAUUUGGUAACAAAACAUACCAAUCAAGUACAUUAUAUUUUUUUUAAAUUCCUCAGGAAAAGCUGUCUGACUUUUGAGAGCCCUUGUGACCUAGAAGUUCAAAGGUUUUAAUCUGUGUGCUCUGUGCUGCCAACAAAGUACUAAAACACUGACAAAGAAGGGACAGCUGAAAAACACCAGCUCUGUUUAUUACAGCCUGGGUCCGGCAGGAUGGAUGGAUCCAUUCUAUUAUGUCUGCCUCUCACCUCAGGACCUGGUGGAAAACUGUAAAGAAACAUGCUCCUCCUGGUACAUGCAAGGAUUUAGACUUCCGUGGUUUGGGCUGUGUAUUCUAUGAAAAGCCUAAGGUCGGAAGGUCUUUAAUAACCUGACCAGUCAGUCUGCAUGAGGAGGGCUGUGAACAUAUCCAAAAUGGUAUGCUUCAGCAGGAGCAGAGUGAAGUAGGACAAAGGCCAGGUUUGUAACCUGUAUAAUUAUAAACGUCAACUGCAAUGUUUUAGAUUUAUUCCUAUUUGCGGUAAUGUCUCCUUUAUUUUACUGGGUUAAACAUCAGUUGUAAACCUUGGUUUUUCAGACCACUUUUUGUUGUACUGAAAAAUGAAACAAUUUAUUGAAAAAAUACAGUGACCGUAUUCAACGAGAUGAUAUAUAAUGGAAAAAAACAGAACAACAGAAUGAGUUUCCAUCACAUCAUGAGCUGGUUUAGUAUUAGACCUUAGCACACUGUUCUAAUCCUAACGUGAUAAAAAGCUUGUUUGCACUCAUUUUAGUGUAGCACUCCCCAUUCACUAGGUGUCACUAGUGCACCACUUUCCUAACUGUCAAGCUUCUUGAAAGCAGAACACAGUUAGGGUGGUCAUUCACUUACCACUUCAACAAGGUUUACACCACUGGUCAAUGUGCAAUUCUAAUUUUAUUGUAUAAAUUAACUGAUUAUAUUUAUUUUGGACAUUAAGUGUUAUUUUAUAUAUUAGUUUAUAUCAGAUAUUCUAGACAUUUCAUUUUAACUACCAAAAUAUUAAAUCAGUUUUUUUCUUAAUCAAGUGCAUCAUUGAUUCUUUUUCUUAUUUGUCUAAAAACAAAAUCAGCACAUUCAGACUGGAAAUGUAUUCAUCAUUAGGUUGUGUCUUAGAUUCUUAAGAUUAAGAAAUGUGCCUUUAUCUUUAAAGAAAUAUUAGAAAGAGGCAGGAAGUCAGUGUGUGUCAUUUCUGGCUGUGCCUCAGCUGCAUAUGACAGGUUCAUGUUCAGUGCAUUUGUACAGUUUAUAUCUUAAACACCAGCAUGGAUUUUAUAGGCUGUUGAAACAAUUGCAUCCCAAAAUUAUGCAUAUAAUGCAUUCAUACAGAACUAGUCCCACGUGCUGGAAAUGAAUGCAAGUUUAAUUAAAGAAAAUAUUUUAAUGUAGUUUGUGAAGUACUUUAAAUAAUAUAUCGUUUUUGUAAUUUUAUAGCCUUGUACAGAUGUAUGCUUUUGCACUAUUGAGAUCUUUUUAUUGUUACUUGUGCCAAACAGGUCGCUUCAGACAGCUUGUCAGUUUGAAUUCUAAAUUCCUAUAUAAAAUUGCUAUUUAUGUGGAUGCCAUCCAAAGAUGAAAUAUGCAAAGAGUGCAUCGUCUUUGAUUUAAAUCCAUUAAGCUUUUUUUUUUUUUUAUUGUCAGCAGUUGUAGGGGUUUUGAUUCUGUUUACUGUUUCUGUCAUCUUUCAAAGGAGAACCAAUGUGUAACGAAAUGUUUAUUUUAGAUCAUAUCUUAAAUAACAAAAGGUUAAAAUUUUUAGUUCUGUUUCAUAUUUCAAUGUCCAGUAUUUUCAGUACAGCAUCUUUAAUUGUUCCAUGGUAAUGUUAACGGAUCAUUUCAGUUGUUUGUAUAUUCUGAUGCUACAAAAAUUGUUUUGUUUCACAACUAUUUAGGAAUCAGACUUGUCUUAAAGCAAUACUCCUCCCAAAAAUGGUAUCUUUUUAUAUAUGACUUACCCAUUGUGGGUUGUAGUGAUGGAGGAGAAAAGAUUUUGCUAAUGGAGAAUGGGGACAACAGACUUUCUGAUAGAAAGGGCAUCUAUGGAGACCCUAACACUGGACUACAGUCAACAAUGUAAAAAAUGUUAUUUGUGUUGUGUAAUCCAAAUGUGUGCUCCUAAUGUGCAAAACAAAUGUAAUUUUUGCUGAAGUAUGGUUUAAUACAUCUGGAAAUAAGAGAAGUGCAUGCAGAGUACAUGUGUUCACACAGGAAGGAGCUUUUAAACUGAAGACAGGGCUUAACCCCUGUGAGUGUGAGUGAGUGAAGAUCUCCAAUUCAAAGGCUUCUUCCCCUGUAAACUUGUUAUCUGUCUGUUCACUGCUUUGAUUUUUGGAAGGUAUUUAUUCAGAAAUAAUUUAAAAAACAGACUAGGCAGGAGCAAACAUGCUUUAAAAGCCAGUCCUAUUUCUGUUAACUGCUGUAUGCUGUUAAUGUUACAAAAUUGAAAUAGCUGUGAUGUUGCAUUUUUAUGUCACCAGUUGGAAAACCCCUUCUACCCUGGUCAGAUAUACAAUGAUAUAAAUGUUGUUUAUUCUUAGUACUGAAGUGUCUGAAAUCUAUUAAUUGUCAGUUGUUAAUUACCAAAGAAAAAUGAUGCAGAACGUAUCAAAAAUGAUUAGAAUUCUCCACGCUGCCUUCCCAGAGAGGAAGAUAUCUUUACAAAAUACAGUAAGUUGGGAAUAAUUUUCUUCCUUAGAUAAAUAUAUUACAGCCGAUUUGUAAUUUAAUUUAAGCACAUUAAGUGCUAAAAAAAGUUGUACACAAUCAGAAAUAUAAAUUAUUUGUACUUAAUUACAUGUUUUGUUAUAUUUUUUUUAUAUUCAUUAUUAAAAUAUGACUUUUUAGGGGACUAACUUUAAUAAAUCUGUGUACAUCUCUAGGGGUCUGAAGCAUCUAAAUGAGAUAAUGAAAUAAGUUAACUUUAUAAAUAUUAUUAUAAAUAUUCAAGUUGCUGCAGCAGCCUCAGUAAAGAGAGCCAUCUGCAUACAAGUUGUAUCUUAGUUAUCAUUUUUCACUUUGGUUGAAGGCACAUUUUUCCAAAGUGGCAAGUCUAUGACUGGUCCCUUGACCUGGUGUAGGUGACUCAAGAGAUGCCUAUGGGUUUAAAUCCCACAAUUCCUGAUUUUAAGUGCUUCUCCAUGGUUGGCUUUGUGCCUAAACUAACAUUACAUUCCACUUUGCAAGUGACUUAACAAUUGUAUCUGCAUCACAUGCGUCUUUUCUUAUAGAUACAAAAGUUACAGACUAUUAUUAUACCAUGUUCCUUAAUGCAGGCUACAUUUUAAAAUCUGAAAAUAUUAUAUAUUGUGCAGAUAUGUUUCAGUAAGCCUAAUAAAAGGGCACUUUCCAUGCAGUUAAGUAGUUUGAAAUGCGUUCUCUGCAUUAUGAUAGAGGCAGAGGUAGCAGUUACUAUAUGGCCUUGCAUGAAAAAUGCUGGGAACGUUUAGUUCUAUAUAGUUAUACGUAUACGGUAUAAUGUUUAUUUAAGAUAUAGUUUUUAUUUGAUGUUUUGCGUGAUUAAAUAUGUUCAUGCUGGUAAACAAAUGUGAAGAUCGAGAAACUUUUAUUCUCACUGUAAACUCUGUAUCAAAGACGUAACACAUAAAGUACUUGUAAAUAGAAGUUCCAGCUGCUGUUACAAUCGUGCUCUUCUAAAGCAGGCCACAUUUUGUCUAAAGGUCCAAAAGCUGGGUUAACUCGGCACAGUAAUUUGUUAAAACAUGCCACUGCAUCCUCAGGCCAUUCCACAUGUCUGUGCGAUUAAUGUAAAAUGUAAAGAAAACUGCAAAAUUCUGAUUUAAAUUAACUUUACCAUUAUUUGUAUUAUUUAAUUACAUCGGCAUGUUUCAACUCAACUCAAAAUGUACUAGGAAUUUGCACAUUACAGUUUUUUUUUACCUCUACCUAUGGAGACAUGAGCUGAAUUAACUAUGUUAAUAUUUCUAUCAGAGUUUCUCUUUUAACCAUUACCCAGCCCUUACAUUUUGCUUCAUCUAGGGUUUUCUUUUUUGUACAGUGUUCUCUAAAUGUAUUUCAGGAUAGUCCUAAGUAAAAACACGCUGUAUGUAAAAUGAGUUAACUUCCGUUUGAAAUUUCUGGUAUUGUUUUAAAGCAUGCACCUUCAGACACAAGGGGAGUUCUUUUUCUCAUUUUAUUCCCUGUGGUUAAAUGACUUGAAUUAAAUUGACACCACAUAUUUUAAAAUGAAGGAAAUGUUUUAUAAA